AUGUCGGCAAGUACGGUGCUUCACUAUGAAUCGCAAUCUCCGGUCUAUGCCCUUGACUGGUGCCAUACACAUGGGCCCAAUUCAUCUCGUGCGCGAUCUGCUUUCCGUAUUGCUCUUGGAACAUUUGUGGAGGAUUAUAGAAAUAGAAUAACCAUUAUUGGGCUCCCUGACGAAUCAUCAUUGCUUGAAGGAUCGUCCAACCCCAACUCAAGCUCGGGCGCCAGCGCGAAUGGAGGUGGAGGAGGGUCUGAUUUUGUAGUGCUGGCAGAAGCAAUGCACGGCUACCCUCCUACAAGACUACAAUGGGAACCUGCCAGUGCUGUCGGGCAAAGCUGGCCCAUCAAAACAAGCGGAGCCGAAUUGUUGGCGACGACUGGUGAUGCUUUACGCGUCUGGGAGUUCCUUACGGAGAGUGAUGGGGGCGUUGGACCUGGUUCACAAACAAGUUAUGUUGGGAGACAGGGAAAUAUCGGUUUAGGAGGAAAGCUCAGCCAGAAAAUAGCGUUAUCUAGCAGUAAGAAUCCCAAUCCAUCCACGCCGCCCCUUACCUCGUUUGCCUGGAAUACCAUAUCUCCGUCUUUGAUCGUUACCUCGUCUAUCGAUACCACAUGCACCGUUUGGGAUAUAUCCUCAAGUACAGCCGUCACCCAAUUAAUCGCUCAUGAUCGUGAGGUGUAUGAUGUUGCCUGGGUCCCACAUAGCACAGACGCUUUCGUCAGUGUUGGCGCGGACGGGUCGCUUCGUGCAUUCGACCUUCGCUCUCUGGAACACUCCACGAUUCUCUACGAAACACCCACACCGCCACCUCCCCCCGUCAAAACUGACGACGGAACCCAGCGAACGACCGCUGCUUCCUUGUUACGCGUAGCAUUCAAUCCACUUGACGCAAACUAUCUUGCGACUUUCCAUAUGGAUAGCCCAAAUGUCCAAGUUCUCGAUAUGCGCAAUCCAGGACAACCUGUCGUAGAACUCAAAGCUCAUCGCGGUGCAGUUAGCGCGAUCGGAUGGGGUGCAGCGGAAGGGAGUAUGCUUGCCACUGCGGUAUGGGAUUUGACAAGCACAAUGGCAGCUGCAAGUGCGGCCAAUCAGCAACAAUCUCGUGGUCCAGGUCUAGCCUCUCCCCGGCCACCAGAUAGUACUACCCGAACCGUGUUUGAUCCUGCAUUGGCCUGGACUGGGCCUGGUGAAAUCAGCAACAUGGCAUGGUCUCCUCCAAUGGCUGGAUUUAGCCUAGGCGGUGGCAUCCAAAGUCAGCCCGGAGAAUGGGUUGUAGCCGCGAUGGGCAAGUCUAUAAGAGCUUUGAAGAUUUAA